AUAAUCAAAUAUUUUAGAACGAAAUUAGGAUAUCACUCUGUUCUCUGAAUCUGAUCAGCAUUCAGCAGAAGAGGUACACUACAAACACACCUGUGCAAUCUCAGUUCUCAACGCUGGUUAAAAAAUAAUGUUCUCCACUUAGUCAACACCACAGUCCUUAUCUCUCCCCGAUCACCCGAUGCCGCGGCUCAUUCCUCCACGGACAAAGCUCAAGUCACCGCCAUCGCCAUCGCCAUCGCCAACGCCACCGCGCCGUCGCCAUGGGUUCGCGUUCCGGCUCGACGACGACGAGUAUGCCGCCGGUGCCGCAGGAGAACCAGUCCGUGGGCAAAGGGACGGCCAUCUUCAGCUACACCUGCGUCGGCCUCACGGGCGUCGCGCUCGUCGCCGUCGUCGCCUUCUACUGCAACCGCCACGUCCGGAGGCGCGCGCCUGUGGUAGCCGCCGAGGGCGCCGGCAGCGUCGGUGGGCGAGAAGACGACGGGCGCGGCGUCGCUGACGUGGCGGCCAAGAUCCCGGAGUUCGCGUACGCGGGGUCGGCGAGGCACGGCGGCGGCGGCGAGUGCUCGGUGUGCCUCGGCGCGGUGCAGGGCGGCGAGGCGGUGCGGCGGCUGCCGGCGUGCAAGCACCUGUACCACGUGGAGUGCAUCGACAUGUGGCUGGCCUCGCACGCCACGUGCCCAAUCUGCCGGACGGAGGUCGAGCCACCGCCGGAGGACGACGACGGCCGACCUGCGCCGGCGGCAGAUGAGUCGUCGCCGACGGAGGCGCUGCCACCGGUGUAGCUAGUUCUGUGCUAGCUAACUAGAUCUCCAUCAUC